CACCUUUAGAAUAUUUUAAUCUGGCAACUGUGAAAUAGUAAAUACAGGGCCAACUCGUGGACAUGAAUGCCGUGUUCUGAAAAUACUAUUUUAGUAUUUACUAUUUAGUAGUCUAUCUCUGUUGAUCUUGUUAUUAAUUAAAAAUGGGAAAACUAGACGUGAAAGCGCUGCGAUACAUGAGUAGAGAAGAUUUUCGAGUACUUAUAGCUGUUGAAAUGGGAAUGAAAAACCAUGAGUUAGUUCCAGCUGCCCUUGUUGCUGCGAUAGCACACUUACCAGCAGGUGGUAGUCAUAAAAAACUUCGAGAACUACACAAGCAUGGACUUGUUGCUUAUGAGCAAGGAAAUAAAAGAUUCAGUGGAUACCGCCUAACAAAUGCUGGAUAUGAUUACUUGGCACUAAAAGUUUUGACAGAAAAGGAUGUGAUCUAUUCUGUUGGUAAUCAAAUAGGGGUUGGAAAAGAAUCAGAUGUGUAUAUAGUUGCAGACGAAGAAGAACAGCAGUAUGCUUUAAAGCUUCACAGAUUAGGGCGGACCUGUUUUCGACAAAUUAAGAACAAACGAGACUACUUGAAAUACAGAAAAUCUGCAUCAUGGCUGUACUUGGGGAGAUUAGCUGCCACUAAAGAGUUUGCCUACAUGAAGGCUUUAUAUGACAGGAAAUUUCCUGUACCAAAACCAGUGGAUUCUAACCGCCAUGCUGUUGUAAUGGAACUCUUAAGUGGAUACCCAUUAUGUCAGAUUCAUGAGUUAGCUGACCCCAGUUCUACUUAUAAUGAGUGUAUGGAACUUUUGGUCAAGUUAGGCAAUCAUGGUGUCAUUCAUGGUGACUUUAAUGAGUUUAAUUUGAUGAUAGACAAGAAUGACCAUAUUACAAUGAUAGAUUUUCCACAAAUGAUAUCCACUUCACACCCAAAUGCUGAAAUGUUUUUUGACAGAGAUGUGGAUUGUAUUAGAACCUUUUUUCUUAAACGUUUUAGUUACGAGAGUGAGUUAUACCCAACAUUUUCUGACUUGAAGAGAAUUGAUACACUAGAUGUUGAAGUUGCAGCAAGUGGUUUCACCAAAGAUUUAUCUGAUGCAUUUGAUCAGACAAUGAAUGAAAUUGGACUACUUGAAUCUUGUGAAGUCGAAGACUUGGCUACUGGAGAAGAGGAAGACUCACAGGUGAAAGAAAACAGUGGUGACGAAUCAAGUGAUAAAGAUGAAGAGGAGGAUGAUACUGUCCCACCUGGUAAAGACCCCAGAAUUCUUAAGUGGCUUUCUCUAUCAGAAACUAAAGAUGGUGACAUGUUGGAAAGCUUAGCAGACAUGGGCUAUCAAGAAAAUUUGCUUUCUAAAUCUCUUGAAAGUCACACCGCCUGCACUUCAAAUGAUUCUCCUAGUGUUUCGGAAUCACAGACUGCAAAUUUACAAAAUAUUGUUGAAGAAACAUCAAGUUUAUUUGUAUCUGAUAAACAUUUACAUACACAAGACAAACCUGAAUCACUCUGUGAUGAUCAAGAACAUUCACUUUUAGACUUGAGUCAGUCAAAUCGUAAUAUUAGACCAUUUAGAAAUGAAACAAGUCAAAAUGUAAAUGAAAACCAAAAAGUAGAUAGUGCAUCUCAUUUUACUCCAAGUAUUGCAUGCUCUAGCAUUGCACCUGAGAUUGCUAGGAGUCGUAUCCGCAGUCAAGCAAAGCGCAAACAACAGGCCAUUCAAGCAAGACGUGUUAGGAAAAGUGGAGAAGCAUCACUUUUCACUCAACAGCGGAGAGAUAAUCAAGAUGAUAUAAAACAAUCAUUAGACGCUGUGUGGUUUUAAAUCUUUUUAUUGUGUGGUUUUAAAUCUUUUUAUUCGUGAAAAAAAAAUACCAAACCAAUUGGUAUCUGUUAAUAUAAAAUUUGCAUUGAUUAAAAAAAGAAAUUUGAACUAACCCUACAGUUGACCUGAUUUGGACCUUGUUUUACAAUGAAACUUGUAAAUAAUUAUCUGAGUGUAAGCCUCAAUAAAGUAUUGAUUUCAAACCA